GUCCAUUCUUUUCUACCAUAAUUACUAGGAGAAUUUACUAGUACUCUAGUAGUUAAUAUUUCUCCAGCUCCUCCCUCAAUCUUCUCGUAGACGGAAAACGCAGGAAACCCUAGAGAUAUUCGCCGAGUUGCGAGCUUUUAGCAAUUAGCCACUUCUCAUGGGUACCCAAAACGGAACCGGUGGGAUAAUUCAAGAAGGUGAUUUUUAUAUUUCACUCUGAGGGUCAAGGUGGUGUUCUUACACAUGGAGAUGAAUAUGGACGAAGUUGAAACUAAAGUUCCAAAGUGUGAGCUUAUUGUCAAGGAAGAUUCAAAAACCUGUAGGUGUGGUGAAUUGGAAGAAAGGAAUAAGAAGGUUGAAGAAAGGAUUGUAGAAUUGGAAUUGGAGCUGGAAAAAAGGAAGAAUGAGUUUGAAGUGCUUGAGGCUAAGUUCAAGGUACUAGAUGCUCAAAAGUGUGCCGUUGAAGAUGAACUAAUGGCUUUUAGGACGAGGAACAAUGAAGCUGGAGAAAGCAGAAUUUCUUUCGAUGAUGAAAAUAAGGCUAGUCAUAGAGGAGAGAAUAAGGAGGAUGUAGUUGUUGAUUUGACAGGGGAGGAAGGUGAAGAGGAUAUAGUAGAGCAGCUUGUGCUUGAAAACCAUGUUUUGGAAUGUGAAAAGAAAAAUGCUGAAAGUGAGGUUGAGAUUUGGAGAGAAAAGUUUAAAGCAUUGGAGUUGUGGGUUUCUCAGGUGGAUGGCAGUGCGGUCUUGAGUGGUGGGAAAAGACUAUCAAAUGACGUUCUUAAAGGUGAAAAUAGACCAGAUGUAAGUAUCAGCGUGGACCAACUGCAAAUUAACGAGAACAUGGUGGAUGUAGGGCCUACUUGCGGUACCCUGCUUAAAAUCACUGACGAGUUGCCUGCAGCUGGCACACCAUUUAAAGACAGCCCAUGUGGCCACACUCCUUUGGUGGAAAAGAAAGGAGUCUGUCUGAAAUCUGCAGGGGAAUGCACCAAAACAGUUAGUAGGCGGUUGUCAUUUGAAGACAAAAGCCCUAGCAAAAAGAUGGCUCCAUCAACCCCAGGCGGCAGCAAACCUGAUUGUCUUAAUGUGAUCAAUAUUUUUGAUAGCGAUGAUGAAUCUGAUUCAUGCGGUAUCCAAUUUUCUAUUUCAAAUGAUCAAGGAAAUAAAAAUGUCAUUUCAAUGGAUCAUGUGGUAGCUGGAACUCUGGAGGUUAAAAAAGACAAGAUUUCUGAUAACUUUUUAAAGAGGGCGGGUUGCAGUCAGGAUCACAAAGAAGAUUUAGAUGAUUGCAAAGAUAAUGUUCCAUAUAUUCCAACUCCCAAGAGAAAAAGAGCUGCUAAAAUUGUUACUAGUGACACCGAGAGUGAUGAAGAUGACAAUGUUCCAAUAUCCAAACUAAAGAAGUUAUAUCUUCAGGAAUUAGUCCCUGAUAUUGCAAAUUCUAAUGUGGAUAAUUCUUUUUCUGGCUCUCAUAUGAACGAUGCUGUCAAAGGUACUGUAACCCAUUCGAGGCGUCGUUUAGUGACUCUUAGGCAGUGUGAAGAAAAAGUUAAGGCCGAAAGGAGCUCUUCAAAUAAGAUCAGUGGAUCCAAAAAUGGACAAGGAAUUCCUACAACAGAUGAUGUUGAAGAUGGUGAAUCUGAGGAGGUUGGAUCAGACAGUGAGGGUGAGAGCUUGAAUGCAUUUAUCGUUGACAGCUCUGAUGUAUCUGAUGCUGAUAAUGCUUCCAGCCAGUCAGAAAAUACAUCAGAUGGCAAUGUGGAUUUUGAUGAGAUUUUGUCCAAACUUCAAAGAAGUAAGGAUCAUAAGUUCAAGUGGGAGUUAGAGGCAGACAUGCUCUCAGCCUUUGGUAAAGAUCUUGAGCUGUGUAUGAAAGCUGUAUGUGCUCUCUAUAGGCAGCAAACUUCUGAGGAACAAGUUAGCAAGGAAACAAUGUAUGAAAACAACCGAGGAUUUAGCAAAUUUGAUGCUCUCAGGGGAACUACAUUGGCGGAGUUUCUCACUGAUGGAGAUCCACAUGGUGAUCUAAAGAAAUCUGUCCAGCAGUUGAAAGAACGUGGUGCCCAUGCAGUUGAAUUGUGCAGAACAUUGGCUUCUCGCUAUUCUAAGCAAUUGUUUGAGAUUUACAAGAACAAGGAGGAUCCUCUUUUUCUCCCACGUUGACUGGCAUCUUAAUGACUGCAAUGAAUACAUUUGUAGUCCGAAGUACCUUUCUGGUAGAUGUGAAUUCCAGAGGAAGGCAUUUUGUUGUUUUUGCAUCCUCCAUCGUGUAAUGUUUGUUAAUAUUAGUUUACAAACUUAUGUAAAUACUGUUUAUCUUGGUAGGCUUGUAUCUAUAGAACUUGAAAGGUCCAGCACUAUGAUCUCUGUAAUUUGUGGGUUAUGCUUAGUAUUCCAUCAUAUCCUUCUGGUGGCGUUACUGUGACCAAGGGAAAUACUAAUGUGAUAAUGAUAGUCGUUUUCUUUUUGUUUGA